CUCUUCUUUCGCCUUCUUUAAUUCCUGAGUUCCUAAUCAACACCAUAUAACGAAAAUUUUCUUUCCCUUUCUCGCACGAUUUUCGUUCUCCCCAAACAUCCACCCCUUUUCAUAACCCUAAAUCCCGAAUUUCAACCAUGUCGGUUCCACCCUCCUCGGCCACAGCCCCUUCUUCCUCAUCUUCUUCUCAGUUCACUUACCAAACGACAGCGAAUCCUUCCUAUUUCCCUUUACCGUUUCAUCUCCAACAACAGGCACAACCUUAUGCACCCCCGGCCCAGCCUGUUCCCGUCGCCCCAGCCCCUGUCUACCCCGCCCCAGUCGCCCCCGUCCCCGGCGUCUAUUCUCUCCCUCAAUACCAACAGGCCCAGCAGUUAUUUCAAAGGGAUGCACAGAUAGUUACACCUGAGGCACUAGAGAGUGUAAAGGCUGCGCUUGCAAGCAGUGAGAUUGAGCACAAAGCUGAAACUAAGAAGAAAGCAAUCCCUCGUAAAGCUGCUGGUCAGUCGUGGGAGGAUCCAACACUUGCAGAGUGGCCAGAAAAUGACUUUCGCCUAUUUUGCGGUGAUCUUGGUAAUGAGGUGAAUGAUGAUGUUCUUUCAAAAGCUUUUGCACGAUUUCCUUCAUUUAACAUGGCCAGAGUUGUUAGAGAUAAAAGGACAGGCAAAACGAAGGGCUAUGGGUUUGUUAGCUUUGCUAACCCUUCUGACCUUGCAGCUGCACUUAAAGAGAUGAAUGGUAAAUAUGUUGGAAAUAGACCAAUCAAGCUUCGCAAGAGUAACUGGAAGGAGAGGAUAGAUCAAGAGGCCCUUGAGAGACAGAAGAACCAAAAUCAGAAAAAGCCAAAGCCACAAAAGAAAGGGAUAUUACACAAGUGAGGAACUGACCAAGCUUUUUGCCUUCUUUUUCUUGGAUCAGAUGAAUCACCAGUUGAAAAUCUGGUGGUUGUAGGAUAAUGGGAAACUUUAUUUUAAGAGAAUCUGGCAAACAAGUACAAAAGCUUGUUUCCUUUAUGAAAUUUGUUGUUCAUUUCCCUUCUAUUUUAUCAGCCAUAUUAUGCUUGUGGCAAGGUUUUAUCAACGAGGAUCUGAAAGUAAUUCAUAGUAUGCAACUGCUGUCAGCAAAGGCAGGUUUCUCCUUA